GUUCUGUUCCAGAAUCCAUAAGCACAUCGAAUCUGAUCAACAGGGGAAUUCAAGAUCGCUCAGCGUUGUUAAUGGCAGCCAACUUGUUCUUAUGGAUACCCCUCGUCUUCACUUGGGUAGUGCCGGUGCUCGCUCAUGAACAUCAUGGAGAAGACCUUACAGAAGAACAACUACAUGCCCCAGUUGACGCCAUUCUCUGGAUACAUAUCGCCCUCCAGGCUAUCGUAUGGGGUUUCAUAUUCCCCGUGGGUAUGGUACUUGGACUUACACGAAGUAAAUGGCAUGUUCCUGUACAAAGUCUCGCCUUUGCCCUAACUUUUGGCGGCAUAAUUCUUGGCCAUGCGCAUGGCGGUCGACAGUUCCCUUCUUCUAUCCACUCACAUAUCGGAUCAUGGAUUUUGGUCCCUAUCUUUGCCCAGCUGGGCCUUGGGAUCUAUCUCAAGCUUCAUAUUCAUGAACGACGUAUAUGGCCCAUCCUUGGUUGGGCUCAGGGCUUGUUUGGCGUCAUCACACUGAGGGGGUUUUGCGGGGAGGUAGGAGCCGGACAAUGUGCUGCGCACUAUCUUAUGGGAAGUGGAUUCAUUGCCUAUGGUAUCAUUAUGGCACUCUUACUCGUUGUCGGGGACAACUGGGUUCGCCGCAGCAGCCGCAGUCCGGAAUGGUGGGAUUCGUGGGUAAUUAUGCUUUGGGGCAUAGUCAAUACAUUUACUGAACACCACGGUGGUGAAUGGAGUGUAAAAGAUAUGCAGCAUACGAUUCUUGGGAUACUGUGGUGGGCAGGAGGCGCUCUUGGCAUCUUCCUGUCUCGGAAUAAUCAGCGAAAUGUUGUCCCCGGCGUGAUCAUAAUAUUAACAGGAUGGGCUAUGUCAGACCAUGCCCAGGCUCUGAUGUUGUCCACGAAGGUUCACUCUAUGUUUGGAUACUCGCUGAUGCUCGCCGGUUUUGCACGUAUCCUCGAGGUUUGUUUCAUACCGCUGCCACCCUCAUCUCUAUUGGAGACGCCUCCACUGGGUGAUAAUGAUUCAGAACACACCCUGGCACCUUCUGCGCCCAAAGAUGCCGGUGUUGCCACAAAACAGAAUGCCGCCCGGGCAUUCAGGCACUUGCCACCGUUACUCUUUAUGUCUGCUACAGACGAGGAGCUCGAAGCUGUUCACGAGGAAGGAAUGGAUCACGUCACAUAUGUACUGUCGAUGUACAGCAUUGCAUUCCUAUUCUACCUCCUCACUGUCUUCUUGCUGCACCUUUACUCCACCCUAAUGAUGUUUUUUUCCCCUGAGGGCAUUGAGCUGUCAGACCCGACUGAUGCGAGUAAGUGGUAUGCGCCACUAUCAAGGGAGGAAGGGAGGUCGGCAGCAGUGCAUGUGCUUGGAGAGGAUGAAGAUGAUUGAUGUCUCGAUGGCAUGCUUGGUCGUAGUACUAGAUGACUUCCAGCAGUGUUUAGAACGUCGUUCGAAAUCUACAUCUAUGUUCUCAAAUCCUCGUACCUCCCCCCAUCAAUCGUCAGCCCUUCUGUCGUUGUUCACCUCAUCAAAUGACGGCAUCCUCGUUUUCUGCUGUCUUCGCCGUUGGCUUUGGUCCCUCCUGUCUCGCUUAUCACAAUGGAUC